UCCUGCAGAAACGGAUGCGUCCGGCGGCGGGCUCGCGAGCUCGGCGGCGUCCUUCCGGCUCCAGUGAUGGCUCACGAAGCAAUGGACUAUGAUCUUCAGGUGCAGUUAGAUCAUAAUGCUGCAGAACAGCCUGCUCUGGCCGAAGUGGUCAGCAGUCAAGAGGGACCACCCCAGCUUCGGCCUGCUUUGGGUGAAGUUGUUAGUAGCCAAGAGGGACCACCCCUGCUCCAGCCUGCUCCUGCUGAGGUGGUCAACAGUCGAGGGGAACCUCACUUGGCGCAGCCUGCUCCGCAAGUGUCCAUUGACCUGACAGAGGAAGUGGAGCUCUUGGGAGAAGAGAAUGUGGAGAACAUCAAUCCAGGAGCUUCAGAGGAGCAUAGGCAGGGAUCUGGUACUAACCACACUGUUCAAGUGGCUUCAUUGGAGUCAGUGAGCACCUUCAUUAAUGGGCUGCAGAGACUUCAUGGCAUGCUAGAAUUCCUGAGACCACCUUCAGACCACACUGUGGGGCCAGUGAGGAACAGGCGGAGGAGAGGGGCCGCUUCACGCAGAGCAAGAGCAGGAGGGUCUCAGAGGACGGACAGUACCAGGUCCAGAGCACCAUUGGAUGCUUACUUUCAAGUGAGCAGGAGCCAGCCUCAUUUGCCAAACACCUCUCGUGAUUCAGGGGCCAGCAAUCCUGUCUCUGAAGACUUGCAGAUAUCAAGUAGUGCUGAUUCUGACAGUGACAGCUCCAUAGAGUAUGAAGAGGCUGUUGUUCCGGCAGAGGAACCUGGCAUUGUUAUUUUAGGAGAACCACCAGGUGGUAUUUCAGUGGAGCAAGAAGUCACAUGUAUUGGUGGAAGAGAGACCCUCCCCAAGCAGCAGUCUCCUCAGAAGUCCAGCUCUCUUCUACCUUCAGCUUCUACAGAUGAGGAAGAAGAAGGGGACACUUGUACAAUAUGUUUAGAACAGUGGACCAAUGCUGGGGAUCACCGGCUCUCUGCGUUACGCUGUGGGCACCUCUUUGGGUUUAGAUGCAUUUCUAAGUGGCUCAAAGGACAGACCAGAAAAUGUCCCCAGUGCAACAAGAAAGCCAAGCACAGUGACAUUGUUGUCCUUUAUGCCCGAACCCUGAGAGCUUUGGACACUAGUGAACAUGAGCGUGUGAAAAGCGUCUUACUACAGGAGCAGAUGCUAAGGAAGCAGGCUGAGUUAGAAACAGCCCAGUGCCGGCUCCGACUUCAAGUCCUCACUGAGGAAUGCACUAAACUUCAUAAUCGUGUCCAGGACUUGCAAAAACUUAUUCUGCAACAUCGGGAUCAGCUGUUACGGCAUCCCAGGGGCUCCCAAGCACCAUCCCUAAGCAGCUCGCCCCAGCACAAGUACUGUUUCCAGAAGACCUUCACAGUGUCUCAGAGUGGAAACUGCCGAAUUAUGACAUACUGUGAUUCUUUGAGCUGCCUGGUGGUGUCACAACCUUCUCCUCAGGCCACCUUCCUUCCAGGUUUUGGUAUUAGGAUGUUCAGUACUGCCGACAUGAAAAGCAGUCAGUACAUUCCCAUGCAUAGCAAACAGAUACGCGGAUUGGCUUUCAGCAGUCAGUCCAAUGGCUUGCUUCUCUCUGCUUCCCUAGACAACACUAUUAAACUGACCAGCCUGGAGACUAAUACGGUGGUCCAGACUUACAAUGCUGGACGUGCUGUCUGGAGCUGCUGCUGGUGUCUUGAUGAAAACAAUUACAUCUAUGCCGGACUGGUCAAUGGUUCAAUUCUGGUAUAUGACCUUCGAAACACGAAUUGUUAUGUCGAGGAAUUAGUACCUCAGAAAGCCAGGUGCCCACUUGUGUCCCUGUCAUACAUACCCAGAGCUGCUUCAGCUGUAUUUCCAUAUGGUGGAGUGUUGGCUGGAACCUUGGAGAAUGCUUCCUUCUGGGAGCUAAAAACUGGCUCUUCUCAUCGGCCUCAUGUGCUGCCCAUGGAGCCAGGGGGCUGCAUAGACUUUCAGACAGAGAGCAGCACCCGACACUGUCUUGUGACCUACAGGCCUGAUAAAAAUCACAACACCUUACGAUGUGUGCUAAUGGAGAUGUCCUACAGGCUGAAUGAAGCUGGAGAGCCAGUCUGCUCCUGUCAUCCUGUACAGACAUUCCUUGGAGGACCCACUUGUAAACUACUGACCAAAAGUGCUGUUUUCCAAAACCCAGAGAAGAAUGGCAGCAUCCUGGUGUGUACUGGUGAUGAAGCAUCAAAUUCUGCCCUGCUAUGGAAUGCUGGCAAUGGCUCCUUGCUGCAGGAUCUGCCGGCUGAUCAGCCUGUCUUGGAUGUCUGCCCUUUUGAGGCAAACCAUAGCAGCUACUUGGCUACUUUAACGGAGAAGAUGGUCCAGAUCUAUAAGUGGGAGUGACCCUGUCUUAAAACUUUACAAGGCAUGCUGCUGGCUAAUGUUAAAUGUUUGCUAGCACCUGACAGCCUUGAGCAAGAUCCCUGCUUGUUGUCUGUGGCCUCAGACUUUUGGGGACAUGGUUCCUUUAUUGGUAUGAUUCUAAGACUCCAGAUCACUGAAACACUACAGAUUGUGUAUUUGCUGUGUUCAUCAAAAGAGUAAGUGACUGGUACUAUGUCUACAUUAUCCCUUUCUUUGGGUAAAAGCCUUCGUGAAUCUUUGUUGAGAAAUCUGUACUUUUCAGUCAGACUGUCUGCUGGACCGCAGAGUGUAUCCUCCCAGCAGUCUUUUAGGAUAUGAUUGUGCACCAGCCAUUUUCUAGCCCCUGCUUCCUGCUUGAGUGGUCUUGUUACAUGGGCUAUUUGGUUUGGGAAUGCCUAUGUCCCUGAAGGGACUCUAACCAUUCAAUGCUGCUUGGAUGUAUUGUGGAUGCAGAAGUCUUUAUGUGAACACAAGAGGGCACUAUAUCUUGCAUAGGAUUUGAUCUAUUUCUGACCUUUUGCGCUGACAACCUUUUUAGUAACUUGGUUUCAUCCCCACAGAACUGUGUGACAGAGCACAUCUGGUUUACUUUGUGGCAGCCACAUUAUGUUCCAGUUGUGCAGUGCCAGGAUAUUGGCAUGCCCCAUGAUGGAGGCAGCUGAUAAGCUAUAGACAACUUUCAUAAUGCCGAGUGCAUUAAGUUCAUUGGAUUGUGAGAGCCAAGGAAAGAGACCGGUAUUUGAGCAGUGGGGAAGACACCCCCUCCCGCCACCCCACCCCGUUCCUAGCCAGCCUAGGAUCUCAGGAGUGGUUUUAUAUAAGCCAGUGCUUCGAAGACCAUUCCUUUUCCCUCUCAUUAGGAAAAGAUGAGCAAGUGAUAUGUUACAACUCUUACUUGAAUCUCCUAGUAUCAUAUCAGGAGCAAUGAGUUAACUAAGAGACCUACAAAAGAAGUUGCUCAGACUGCUGCUGUGUGAACAGGAGAAGGGCUUGUCUCUUCCAUUCUGAAAGAGUUCCCACCUAAAUAAAGCCACCCAUUCUGAGUGGGUGUCUGUUCUUAAGCAUGUAAAUCCUUCCGUAUAUGAAAAUAAUGUUUGAUUCCAAGUUCUCAUGAUUUGCCUCCUUUCCUAAUCUUUCCUAAAAGUGUUAGUAAAAUGGUUAUGCUCAGGAAGGUAAUAAUGGUUGGAGACCUGUGGAUUGCAGGAGAUGUCCAUCAACUUUUUUUAAAACUCUAGAUUGUCCACAUUUGGGCGCUGCACUUUCUCCAGUAGGGGGCUCAGGAGUGUGAUAUUUCUUAAAUAAUUGUUAUAGAAAUGUUACUGUUUUUAUAUUUAAAUAGUUAUGACCUGUGAACUCCUGAGCCAUUUCCAGCAUUUCUCACCAGCAAGGGGUUAUUGCAGUAGAUUUCCAAUUUCUAGUUGUGCCUUUUAAAGAGUGGCCUUCUAUUUUAGUAACUUUUCGAAAAGCCAGUUUUCAGGGUCUGGGAAAGAGCCCCCCUUUCUCAGAGGAGAAAUUCCUUUUGGUAAGUUAAUGGUUUGAUUACCCAGGCCUAAAGCUUCAGUAGCAGAAUGGGAUUUGAAUUGAAAAGCAAAAUACAUCUGGUUUCAGUAGAUUGACACAGAGAGGGAUGCAGAUGUUCAGACCCUGGCUGCCUUUUGUCUUGGGCAGCAAUAGGAUUUGACUAAUCUUGAAGUACACUCAAGGGAUGUUGAUUGAUUUGCUAAGGGACUUAUUGCCAAAGAAAUUGGGUGAAUCUCACCUCUUGCCAAUCCUUGCAUUCCUCCAGUAAAUUUGUAUGUUUAGAAACAAAUUCAUGUGACUGUGACUGAUUUCUCCAAAGGAAAAAAACCUCACCUUUAGCCACCCCCCAACACUGCACCUAGCAGGAAUUGUAUUAGUAGACCCAGGCUCUGGUGUCUUGUACAGCACCCAGCCCCUCCUUACCAUGUUUCUUCAUUGCUGUCUCUAAGGUGGUUUUCCCAUUUGAGAGUUUGGAGUUAAGCAAACUCAAAAUAUUUUGUUGUGUAUAUCCUUGUACCUGCUUUGAAAAUAGGGCGAUAGGAUCUC